AUGAGCCCCCCGUCCAAUGGACUGUUAGAUGGCAAUGCCACUCCCGCCGGCAAGGAUUAUGACUGCGAGAACACCACGAAGCCGCGGUCAUCCGGCAAGAGUGCUUGGCUCGGUGAGGGCAAGCUGCCCGAGGCCGUGGACGAUGGGGACCAGCAGAUCAUCGAGGCCGGCGAAGCCAAGUACCACCGUCUGGGGUGGAAGGGGCUCACUAUCAUGCUGAUUGUGGAGGCGAUUGGGUUAGGCUCGCUGUCGAUUCCCUCCGCGUUCGCGACGCUCGGCAUGGUCGCCGGCGUGAUCUGCUGUGUCGGCAUCGGCCUGAUCGCUAUCUACACCUCCUAUGUGAUUGGACAGGUCAAGCUGGCCUACCCGGCUGUCCGGCAUUACGGCGAUGCGGGGGCCCUGCUGAUGGGCCCCUGGGGUAAUGAGCUGUUCACCUUCAUGUUGAUCUUGCAGCUGAUCUUCCUGACCGGCUCCAACUGCUUGACGGGCACCAUCGCCCUGCAGCACAUCACCGGCAGCGGCAUCUGCUCCGUCAUCUUCAGCGUCGUGUCGGCGAUCAUCUUGCUGCUGCUGUCCAUCCCCUCCUCCUUCGCCGACAUGGCCUGGCUGGGGUACCUGGACUUCGUGUCGAUUGUUGCCGCCAUCGGCAUCACCAUCAUCGCCACGGGCGUGCGGGGCACGAACUCGGCCGGCGGCCUCGGCGCCGUCAGCUGGUCGGCCUGGCCGCAAGGGGACCCCAGUUUCUCCGACGGCUUCAUCGCCAUCAGCAAUAUCGUGUUCGCGUACACUUUCGCCAGCUGCCUGUUCUCAUUUAUGGAUGAGAUGCACACGCCGCGCGACUUCACCAAGUCAAUCUGGUCGCUGGGCAUCCUGCAGAUAGUGAUCUACACGGUGACGGGCGCGACCAUCUAUGCGUUCGUCGGCCUGGACGUGCAGUCGCCCGCGCUGCUGUCGGCGGGUGCGCUGGUCAGCAAGGUGGCCUUCGGGAUUGCGCUGCCGGUCAUCUUCAUCUCCGGGGCGAUCUGCACCAUCGUCGCCGGCCGUCUGAUCCACGGCCGGAUCUACGCCAACAGUGUGACCCGGUACAUCAACACGCCCAAGGGCUGGAUCACCUGGCUGAUCCUGAUCACGGUGUUGACCAUUUUGUCGUGGGUCAUCGCCGAGGCUAUCCCGUUCUUCGACGACCUCCUCUCCAUCGCGUCCGCCCUGUUCACGUCGGGUUUCUCGUUCUACCUGCCCCCGAUCAUGUGGUAUGUCCUCAUCCGCGAGGGGCCGUGGUACUCGCGGGAGAAUCUCGUGACGAGUAUCGUCAACUUCCUCGUGUUCAUCUUCGGGUUGAUUGUGCUGGUCGGUGGCAUUCCCAGUGUGUUGAGCCUUUUGUCAUGUUGUGGACUGUAUAUCAGAGCUCGAGGAACACGAAAACCUCAAAAUCAGGCCCGUGGAGCUAUACAUUUGCCUGCCAAAUCAUGGUUUUGGCCUGAGAUCGCAGGCUAA